GCUGGUCCGGCGCGCGCCUGUGCUGCAAAAAGUGCUCUGCUGCUUCAACAAAUUCGUGGCCGCGGGAAGCCGUACUGCCACCGCAUAGAUGGCGAUUGCGUCCUCGUCGGCAGUACCGCCUGUUCACCUGUGUUAUUAUUUUCUAGUGCGACAAACAGUGCCCGGUAUUUUAAGGAAAACUGCACGUCGGGAAAAUUAAUAUGCAUCGACAGAUGGGUUCUAUAGCAACCGUGGAUUGUUAAUGUUUGCUGGUGAUGAAGAGCAGAUAUGGCAAUAAAUUUCUCGGCAUCAUUUGCUGCUUACUUAGCAGCAGGACUGAAGGUUCCCAGACAGUUUAUGUACUGUAUUGCUCAAGAUACUGGAGCAUUGUAUGUCCCAUAUAAAGAUGGUACUGACAGGCAACAAGCCCAAGCUGGACAGUGGGCUACAGGUCCACUGCAAGAUGGAACUGGUGGCUACCAUCCACAGCAACAAGGUGGUUCAUCAGCUUCAGGAAGUCCUCAGCAGUCAUGUGGGGAUCCUGAGACUGUGGCUCCUCCACCACCACCAACACAGCCCCCACAACAGCAGCAACAAGGCACAAUGACAUCGCCUGUCCCCUCCCCGUAUCCACCACCACAGGAUGCUACAGCACCACCGCAACAGACACCUGUAGAGGAUGAUCCUCAGCAACAUUCCCCAACACAGCAGCAGCAAGGGACACCACAGCAGCAGCAGACACAGCCUCAGCCACAGCAACCCCCAGCAUCACAGCAGCCAGCUCCUCCACAACAGCAGCAGCAGCAUCAAGCUGAUGUUGAACAGCAGCAGCAACAACAGCAACAGCAGCAACAGAGAGUUGUUACAGCAGCACAGUGUUUCCCACAAGAGUUACAGCAACAGCAGCAGCAGCAACAACAACAACAACAACAGCAGCAGCAGCACCAAGUUGAUGUUGAGCAACAGCAGAGGGUGGCUGCUGCAGUAGCAGCUGCUCAAUGUUUUCCUCCAGCAGAUAUGCAACAGCAGCAUCAACAACAGCAGCAGCAGCAACAGCAACAUCUGGCAUAUGCGACACAACAUUAUUUCAAGGAUCAGCGUCACACACCAGGAAUGCCACCACAUGUGCUCACUCCAAGUGGCUUUACUGCCCUUCAUUACUUGAAGCAACCGGGAGUGAUGUUAACUUCACUUGGUACAAUGGGCAUGGGAGAUGGAAGUGGUGUAGGUCUGGGGACGAGCAUCACUGACGGGACAGGUGUGGGUGUCGGUGCAGUUGCAUACCCAAAUGUUCAGGUAGAUGUGCGCUCACUGCCUGAUAUCAUCCAGCAGCAACAGCAAGCCCAGCAUCAAGCACAACAACAACAGGCUCAUGGUCCGGGAACAGGAAAACCGGGGCGGGGAGGCAAUGGUUCGGGCUCAGAGCUCAGGCUUUUCAAGUGUCUUACGUGUGGCAAGGACUUCAAGCAGAAAUCGACUCUGUUGCAGCACGAACGUAUCCAUACAGACAGCCGCCCUUACGGUUGCCCCGAAUGUGGAAAGCGGUUCCGACAACAGUCCCAUCUGACACAACACCUACGCAUCCACGCCAAUGAGAAGCCUUACGCCUGCGCAUACUGCGAGCGCUCCUUCCGGCAACGUGCCAUCCUCAACCAGCACCUGCGCAUCCAUUCGGGUGAGAAGCCUUACCGGUGCCCGCAGUGCGGCAAGCACUUCCGCCAGAAGGCCAUCCUCAACCAGCACGUCCGCACACACCAAGAUGUGAGUCCUCAUUUGGUGUUCAAGAAUGGUAUGACGCCUACCCUGUGGCCUCAAGAUGUGCCAUACCCACCUGAUGCUGAGAAGGAUGAUGCAGCUUCUACAUUUGGGAAUCCUGAAGACGGCAGUGUGCCACCGGACCAGGCUCGUAGCAAUGGGCAGUGUUUUUCUCCUGACAGUGCUGGCAAUGUGCAACAAUAUCAAGCAUAUUUCAAGGAUGCCAAGGGUAUGAACCAUUCAGUGUUUGGAAAUGGGGGUCCUGCAGGAAACUUUGGGGCACUUCAGUACUUAAAACAGGGUCAGGUAAAGCCUGGUGGACUGCUGCCUGAUGUAAUACAGCACGGGAGAAGUGCAGGGAUGCCCCUUUAUGUGCGCUGUCCUAUUUGCCAAAAGGAGUUCAAGCAGAAAUCGACAUUGCUGCAACACGGUUGCAUCCAUAUAGAGUCCAGGCCAUAUCCGUGCCCAGAGUGUGGUAAGCGGUUUCGACAACAAUCUCACCUCACACAACAUCUUCGAAUACAUACAAAUGAGAAGCCUUACGGCUGUGUAUACUGUGGUCGAAAUUUCAGGCAGCGGACGAUCCUCAAUCAGCAUAUUCGUAUUCACACAGGUGAGAAACCGUAUAAAUGUGGACAGUGUGGAAAAGACUUCCGCCAGAAGGCCAUUCUCGAUCAGCACACUCGUACACAUCAAGGUGAUAGGCCGUUCUGCUGUCCGAUGCCUAACUGCAGGCGGCGCUUCGCGACGGAGCCAGAAGUGAAGAAGCACAUAGACAACCACAUGAAUCCACAUGCUGCGAAAUCUAGACGUGCUAACACGGCGGGUGUUGGUGUUCUGGAAGCAAAACAUCAUCCCGGAGCCACAGUACUGGGAGGUGAAAGGGGUCCUCCAACUCUGCUGACACGGGGCAUUCCACCCACGGCUGUAGUGAAGCCCGAACUGUAUUUCCCACAGUGUUAUGCACCUACAUUCAAUCAUCAGCCACCACCACCCCCUCCUCCGCCUCCACCUAAUGCCCAGUUUGCCACAGCACAGGGUGCCGGUGGUAGCAUAAGUGGUGGGAACAUUAAUGGUGCUACAAUCAAUGGUAACACUAUUAAUGGAAACAGUAUUAAUGGUACUACGAUCAAUGCAAAUGCCAUCAAUGGUAAUACCAUUGGGGCUGCUAGUAAUCUCAGCAAUCUCAGUGGGAGCAAUCUCAGUGGAGGCAGCAUCACUGCCGGUAGUCUAAAUGGCGGUGGCAUUAACGGUGCCAGUAGCAGCAACAAUAGCACAAAUAAUAAUCAGAGUCCUGUGAUGAAUUCACCUGCCCCUGAGUACAAGUCUGUGCCCCCACAGACAUCCAGUCUGCCGGCCCAGUGACUAGCGGCUGCCCUUCUCUAGCCAUCGGGACCCGGCACGCUGCCACAUUUUGCUGGUAGUGCUGCCGGACCCAUCAAGCAUGAGCCUUGUUGGGAAAUGUCCCCCUGUGCUGAGAAUGGGCAGGGAUACUAUGAAGUUAUACACUCUGUAUGAACUGCUCAGUGAACAUUUCACUGUAAAAACUGUUUGACUGAACUUUGGUUGUGAUACAACCAGUAAAAUGUGUUUGGGAGUCAAUUAGUCCCACUGUACAAAAAAUGACAGCUCGAUUGACAUCGUUAUAAAUGCCGGUUACUGACCAGUCCUAGACUGAUGAUAUAGUAUGUGAUAGAUAUUAUUUGAAAAGAUUUUAAAUUGUUCAUACUUGAUAGAGAAAUAAUUAUAAUCACUUGAACAAUAUUGUAUAAAUAUAGUGACACAGUAGUUUAUUAACAAAGUGAAAUGAAAAUAGCUCCGCUAUAUAUUAAAAACACAACACAUAUAUAAAUAAAUAAAAUAUAUAUAUAUAUUAAAAAUAUAUACAUAGAUAACUUUUAUAUUAAUACUCUACUAAUAUUCCUUAAUACAAAGAGGUUGGAGAUUGGAAAUAAAUGUAGAUAAUAUAUUUUAAAUGUUUUGUGUAAGGUGCUGAUAUAACUGAGAACUGUAUUGGGCAGGUAGGUUUGUAUCACAGUUUUAUAGUACAUACAGAAUGAAUGCAGUUGUUACGAAUGUGCUUUAGCAGGACUGGUGUGAUGUAUUGAAUUUAUAACAGCUUUCUUGAAAUGUUUCUCUUUUUCACUGUUAUAAAUGCAAAUUAAGGCCUAGAUAUUUUAAAUGUGGUUCUACAUGUUUUAUAAUCUGUUGUGUUAUUCAUACUGUCUUCUGGGUUGGUUGACUUUUUUUGUGAUUAUCUGGCGCUUUUCCAUAGAAAACUAGUAUGUGAUAUUAGCAGACUGGUAAACUUCUGCUGCCACUAGUGCCGUUCUUUGUUGAUUCUAAAUCAUUUUAUGAUUCUUCAGAAGAGUUAACUUGGUAAACUAGAUGUUCAGUGUACAAUGUUAAUUAUCCCUUGUGCUUCAGAGGCUCAAAGAGUGGAAUGCAAAUAAUAGUGCCUGAUAUUCAUAUUACACACCAUGUCAUCCAUAUAAUGGAGGCAAAAGUUAUGGAGAUAGUGUAAGAACAUACCCUGGGGAAAAACAUGAAUCCUUGUUCAGAAAGCAAAUUCUGUUACAGUAGAUGAGUAAAUUCCUGUUUUUGUAUUAUAUUUAUCUGUAUAGCUUUUGAAGUGAUAGAAAUUUUGUUGAAGGUUCAGUUAACGUAGAAAGAUUUUCUUUAAUUUUCUGACAACAUUCUAAUAUGCUGUUGAAACUAACAUCACUGAGAGCGAAGGUGCAAAAGAUCUGAUAAUUCUGAAAGGAUUCAUCCUGUCCCCACCAUUUCUGUUGCUAAUUAUUUAUGUACCAUAAUUUUAAUCUGCAGUUUCUUCUAGCUUGUUUGUAUUUUUAGCUGAUAGAAAUUUAUGAGGAAUCAUGACCUGCCUGAUUUUCUGUUGGGGUUGUCUCCCUUGGGAAAGCUUGCUUCAUCAUGCUUCUUGAGCCCUCCCUGCCCUAUGUUGUGGGACACUCUUCAUCUGGCUCCACAGUUGAGACCAUUCCAGCUUGGCUGACUGUGAAAUUUAUGAAAUUUUUGAGCUUCGUUACUCGUACAUUUUAGUUCCAAAGUUACUGUACUGGUGUUGUUGAACACAACUUACUACAGGACUUACCAGCAAGGUAUUACUGCUAAACAGAAAAAGUAUGUGAUCUAAGGUUUUGAGACAGUUUAGCUUAAAUCAUAUAUUGGCGUGGUCGAACAUUGUUUUUGCAUAAUUAGAUGUGAUGAUGAACAAAUUCAUCAUUAUCAAAAUAUCCAUGGGUGUGCUGCUGGUCUAUAGUGUCCAACGGGCACAAUAUUUCAGCGAUCAU